UUAUAUUGAAAUAUUGUGUUUUUUAUUAUUUAAAUUUUGAUAAAAUAUAUUUUUUUUAAAUGAAAAAUUGACAGCCAUUGAACGUGGGUUCACCGAAUCCAACCUUAUCCAGUCCCAAUUUGAUUUGACCAAUUAACCUAAUUAUCCCAACUUUGAAAAAAACGAAGAUGAAUUAGAAUGGAUUGAGCAUCUCCAUUAAGUCAAUAAAUCAGGCCUUUGCGAGAAAGGAAAGCACAGACAAGGAUGGACAAACAUCAUUUCCUCUUACUAUCCUGCCCAGCACAAGGCCACAUCAAUCCCACCCUUCAUCUGGCCAUGCUCCUCUUACGCCUAGGGGUACGUGUCACCUUCGCCACCUUCGUGUCCGGCCUCCGCCGCAUCGCCACCCUUCCUACUAUCCCCGGCUUGCACUUUGCCUCUUUCUCGGAUGGCUACGAUGAUGGAAACAACUCCAACUACUCCAUGGAAGAGAUGAAGCGCGUAGGCUCCCAGAGCCUCUCCAACUUGCUCUUAAGCCUAUCCAACGAGCGCGGUCCUGUCACCUACUUAAUCUACGGAUUCCUCCUGCCCUGGGCAGCCACAGUGGCUCGUGAGCACGGCAUACCCUCAGCCUUUCUGAGCACUCAGUCAGCCACUGUAAUUGCCGUUUAUCAUCGAUACUUGAAGGCCCAUGACGGUCUCUUCAAUACCGAGCUCGGAAGUUCCUUGAAUAUUUCCUUGGAAUUACCAGGAUUGCCCCCACUGAAAUACGAAGACCUACCUUCCAUUCUGUUACCAACCAGUCCACACGCUUCGGUCGUCCCCAGCUUUCAAGAACACGUCCAAAACUUAGAGCAAGAUCCCAACACAUGCUUGCUAAUAAACACGUUUAAUGCGUUGGAAGAAGAUGUAAUCAAAGCCCUUGGAGACUUUAUGAAUGUGGUUGCAAUCGGACCUUUGAUGCAGCUUGAUUCCUCCAUCAGUUGUGACCUGUUUGAGAGGUCUAAGGAUUAUCUUCCAUGGCUCAACUCAAAACCAGAAGGCUCAGUGAUUUAUGUGUCGUUUGGGAGUCUUGCGACGUUGCAGAAAAAUCAAAUGGAGGAGAUAUUCCAUGGACUAAUGGAAAGUCAUCGCCCUUUUUUGUGGGUGAUUCGAUCUAUAGAGAGCGAAUUAGAGGAGAAGAUGAACAGUAGCUUGAGUGAAGAACAAGGGCUGAUUGUGCAGUGGUGCUCCCAAGUGGAGGUGUUGUGUCACCAAGCAGUUGGAUGUUUCUUGACGCACUGUGGAUGGAACUCCACCAUGGAGAGUCUAGUUGCAGGUGUGCCGGUGGUGGCAUGUCCCCAGUUUUCGGACCAGACGACAAAUGCAAAGCUGGUGGAGGUGUGGGGCACUGGGGUGAAAGCGAGGGCGAAUGAAGAAGGGGUUGUGGAGAGAGAAGAGAUCAAAAAAUGUUUGGAGAUGGUGAUGGAAGGUGGAGAGAAAGGGGAUGAGAUGAGAAGAAAUGCUAACAAAUGGAAGGGAUUGGCAGUGGAAUCUAUGGAGUAUGGUUCUUCAGGCGAAACUAAUCUAAAACAUUUUGUGGAAAGCUUAGAAAUCAGGACUCAUUGAUGCAAAAGCCAUCUUUAGUGGGCUUGGGCCUGAGAUGUAAUAUUUACCACAACCUUAAGUAUUAAACAUUUUGGAUUAAA